UUUGAUCUUUAUAAUAUUUCAUCCAAAUCUUGGCUCACCAUGCCUCCUCCUCCUCCUCACCACCACCAGCAUGAUCACCCGCCGCCCCCAAAAUCCAAUCCCAAGCUCCUAUCUUCCAUCCUUAAAGCCCUCAUAAUGACCUUCAUAACCUCCAUCUUCUUCCUCAUCCUCGGCUUCGUCGCCUUCCUCCUCUUCCUCAUCCUCGCCGCCGGCGCCCUCCACCGUCGCCGCACGCACUCCGACGUCCCCUCAUCUGGGUUCUCUCCCAGACACUUCAAGACCCUCCCCCAGCUCCGCUUCCGAACCCAGAACCAAACGACGUCGUCCGACUGCGUUGUCUGCCUCGACGCCUUUCGGGACGGCCAGUGGUGCCGGAAACUACCUGCCUGCGGUCACCUGUUCCAUCGGAGGUGUCUCGACACGUGGCUCGUUAAGGUCUCGGCUUGUCCCAUUUGCCGGACACCUGUUUUAGGAAACACCGCCGCCGACGGUUUAGAAGAAGAAGAAGAGGCAAAGCGGUUGUGGAAUUUUAAUAGGAACACUAAUUCAAGGGUUAGUGCGGUUGAUGGGGAGCAGCCUUCUUUCAUAGACUUUUUCAACUACGGGAGGCAUAUUCCAAGGUAUGGCUCGUUCUCCUUUUCUGUUUUUUAUUUUAUAUUCUUCCUCCUUUGUUUAUAAUAAAGAACAAUUUUCAUUAUCUCAAAUAUUCGUGAAAACUGUUAUGAACAAAGCGUCAGCUGUAGCAGAUAGGGUCGAAGUGGAUAAUCUGAACUGUACAGGACAUAGCUGAAGACAGUGCCGUAUAGGACAGUAUGGUACUCGGUAUUACAUGAUGUAGAUAUUUGGAACUUGGUUUGGAGAUAUCAUAAUCCCAAUUAUAUGAAAUGUAACAGGGGAAAACAAAUAAGGGUUGUUAGAUAUUGUGUUACUGCAACAAUUUUACAUUGGGAGGUUGCACCAUGCAUUUGAUAAUUUUGAUUAAUGUGGUAUUGGUCCUUUCAGAUUCUUCAGGUUUUAUGAAGUGGCCUGUUCUUUUCC